UCCAGGUUCGCUCCACCUUCUGCGCGUCCUGGCGAGUCCUGCGCUUUCUAAGUACGAGAGCGAGUGAGCGAGCGUGUGUGUGUGAAACAAAAGUGCGGAAGGCGGGAGGGAGGGAGGAGAAAGAAGGCUCCAACUCAACUCCCCGACGUCUCCUGCCCCGCAGUGGCCACUCCGCAUUCUUGGCAUUCCUGGGCUGUGACUCCGAGGUCGGCGACGGCUUCUGCCAGCGCUGCUGCAUUGCAAGAGAGAAAGAGCAACGCAGCAGCCACACGCACGCCGCGAUCGCCGCCGCCUGCUCCUCCUUCUCCAGCCCUCCCCGCUUUAUAAGCGACCCAGCAAUCCCCUCCUUCGGUUUCUUUUUCCCCACCCUCCUGGCUCCGGAGCCCCCGUUCCCCUCUUCGAGAAUUUUAUGCCUCCUCUCUAAACUUUUCCAAACUUUCCCCGGAGUUGUCCGGACUCACAAGUGCAUUUCUUAGAAAAGGAGGAGGAGUCUUUUGCUCUCCUCUCGCUUUCCUACGCGCAGCAAAACCUACCCCCUCCCAUCCCAAUUCUCCCCCCUUUCUGAUUCUGCCCCCUCCCCAAAUAAUUUUUGCAGUGAUCUCAGUUCUGUCGGCUAAAACUUUCCGCUCCGUUUCGAUUCUUCAGUUAAGACGGAAACCUAGUCCAGCCAUUGCUGGUAAAUCUUCCUCGAGGAGUGAUUUUUUUAUUUACUUUUUAAUAAAAGCUUGCCGUACCCCUCUUUUCCCUUGUGGAGAGAAGGGUACGAAAAAGAUUCCAGUGGACGUGACUCCUUGGGGAGAAGCAACUGCUUUUGGGGGACCCAAAGACAUGUGAAACAGGAAUUGCUUUGGGACCUGCCCUUGGCAUGGGCAACCAUUCCCAAACCUGGAGGAGGAGAAGAGCAACGUUCCGAACUCCCUGGCUGAACAGACAUAAAGUGUAAGCAGGAGGGAGACCUUCCCAGCCGCCAUGCCUUUCGGGCUGAAACUGCGAAGGACCCGGCGCUACAAUGUCCGCAGCAAGAACUGUUUCAUGACCCGGAUUCGCUUGUUGGACAACAAUGUGAUCGAGUGCACCCUUUCCGUGGAGAGCACGGGGCAAGAGUGCCUGGAGGCCGUGGCUCAGAGGCUGGAACUGCGAGAGACACACUAUUUUGGCCUUUGGUUUCACAGCAAGAGCCAGCAAAUGAGAUGGGUGGAACUGGAGAAGCCUUUGAAAAAGCAGCUGGACAAGUUUGCCAGCGAGCCUCUGCUUUUCUUUGGGGUCAUGUUCUACGUGCCCAGCGUUGCUCGACUGCAGCAAGAAGUUACAAGGUAUCAGUAUUACCUACAAGUUAAAAAAGAUGUUCUUGAUGGGCGAUUGAGAUCUUCAUUUGAACAAGGGAUAAGGUUAGCUGCAUUGGCAGUUCAAGCUGAUUUUGGAGACUACCAUCACUUUGAAUCUCAUGAUUUUCUCCGGGAAUAUGUUUUGUUUCCUAUGGAUUUGACCCAAGAUGAAGCAGUCCUGGAGGAACUGACUCAGAAAGUAGCCCAGGAACACAAAAAUCACAGUGGCAUCUCUGCAGCUGAAGCAGAAUUUCUUUACAUCAGUGAAGUAGAACGGCUGGAUGGGUUUGGGCAGGAAAGCUUCUCAGUGAAGGACAAUCAAGGUAACGACAUGAAUCUCGGAAUUUUCUGCAUGGGUAUUUUUGUCAAGAAUAGAAUGGGACGGCCCACAGUGAUGUACAGGUGGAACGACAUUGGAAAUAUAACACAUAACAAGUCUUCGAUCGCUGUGGAACUGCUCAACAAAGAAGAGUCGGUGCUCUUUCAUACGGAUGACCUUGAAAAUGCCAAGUACAUUUCACGGUUGUUUGCAGCAAAGCACAAGUUUUACAAACAAAACAACAUCUGCACAGAACAAUCAAAUUCUCCCCCUCCUAUCAGGCGACGACCCACCUGGAGUAGAUCAUCUUUGCCAAGGCAGCAUCCAUUUAUUAUGCCUCCUAUGCACGUCCAGUGUGGAGAACACUACACUGAAACUCACAAUUCACAAGACAGCAUUUUUCAUGGAAACGAAGAUAUGUUUUACUGUAGAUCUCAGACCAGCUUGGACCGAUGUGCAAUAGAUUACAGCUACUUGAACGGCAAUGUCCCCAACGGCAGCGUGUGCAGUGCACAGAGUAUGAACUCUCUCAACCGCUCGCAGAAUUUCGUGCAAGCUUCUCCAGUGUCCUCCAACCCCAGCAUCCCUGGGAGUGACAUCAUGCGAGCAGACUAUAUCCCAAGCCAUAGACACAGUGCAAUCAUUGUUCCUUCCUAUAGGCCGACACCAGACUAUGAUACUGUAAUGAGGCAAAUGAAGAGAGGGGUGGUUCACCCGGACAGCCAAAGCCAGUCCUUGAGGAACCUCAACAUCGGGAAUGCCCAUGCUUACAACCAGCCCAAAGACCUGGUGUACAGCCAGCCCGAGAUACGGGAGAGACCCCCUUAUGCCAUCGCAUAUGGGCCCCAGGGCACUUACAAGAAGCACAUUGCUCCCUCUGAGCAAGUGAUCCCCAUCAACGCCGCACAGACGAAAGGCGCCACCAGUGCCAUUUCCCACACUGUCAGCACGCCGGAGCUGGCCAACAUGCAGCUUCCCAACAGUCAGAGAUGCAGCACGGCACACAUCUUAAAGAACUACCUUUCCAGGCCACCACCGCCCUACCCGCGUCCGCGCCCGGCAACCAGCACCCCUGACCUUGCCAGUCACCGCCACAAGUACGUGAGCGGCAGCAGCCCCGACCUGGUCACUCGGAAGGUCCAGCUCUUUGUGAAGACCUUCCAGGAGGAUAGCUCCCCGGUGGUCCACCAGUCGCUGCAGGAGGUCAGUGAGCCCCUGAUGGCGGUCAAGCACCACGCGGCUGCCAACAAGCGCCACAGUUUGGAAGUGAUAAGCAGCAUGGUGCGUGGCAUAGAAGCCAUGGCUUUAAAGAGCCUGAACGCCCCUCUGCCCCGCAGGAACACGCUGCGGGAGCAGGUGCAGCCAGACGAGGCAGUGCCAAGGGGCCACAAAGUGCAGCAGCUCCCUCGCUACCAUCACAAGAAGACCUUCUCGGAUGCCACCAUGCUGAUCCACAGCAGUGAAAGCGAAGAGGAGGAGGAGCCGUCAGAGCCUGUGCCGUCCAUGGCGGCACUCCAUGAAAACAUGGAGUACAGCGCCCAGCUGCAAGCUGCCCUGGCAAGGAUACCAAAUAAGCCUCCCCCGGAGUAUCCCGGCCCGAGGAAGAGUGUCAGCAAUGGAGCUCUGCGGAAUGACCAAAUGAGCGUCUCAUUUGCUGCCUCACGGGCCAGGGCCAUAAGGCCAGGGCCAGCAAAGGCCAUCAGCAUAUCUCGGACUGAUCAGUUGGCAGUAAACAGCUCCUCGCUUGGCCCCUCAAUCUCCGAGCCCGACCUCACAAGCGUGAAGGAGAGAGUCAAGAAGGAGCCCGUGAAGGAGAGGCCUGUUUCUGAAAUGUUCUCUAUUGAAGACAGCAUCAUAGAAAGAGAGAUGAAGUAUCUAGAGAAACAGAAGAUGGCAGGCCUGGAGGCCCAGAAGAGGCCCUUGAUGUUGGCAGCGUUCAAUGGUCUCUCAGUUGCUCGAGUUCCAGUGCCUGAGGAUAGCCAGGAUGAAGGAGCCAAGGUGCCAAUGGAUGAGCGGUGCAAAACCCUGAGAAGAAAACUGGAAGAGGGGAUGGUAUUCACCGAAUAUGAACAAAUUCCAAAGAAGAAAGCAGAUGGGAUUUUUACUUCCGCGAUGCUGCCUGACAACGCAGAGCGCAACCGUAUCAGAGAAGUCAUUCCAUAUGAGGAGAACAGAGUGGAGCUGGUACCAACCAAAGAAAACAAUACGGGCUACAUCAAUGCCUCACACAUAAAGGUCACCAUAGGAGGAGAAGAAUGGCACUACAUUGCCACGCAAGGACCUUUGCCACAGACUUGCCAUGAUUUCUGGCAGAUGGUGUGGGAGGAAGGCGUGAAUGUGAUAGCGAUGGUGACGGCAGAGGAGGAACGAGGAAGGACCAAGAGCCAUCGUUACUGGCCGAAACUUGGCUCCAAGCACAGCUCAGCCACAUAUGGGAAGUUUAAGGUGACCACCAAAUUCCGCACAGAUUCCGGUUGUUACGCCACAACCGGUCUGAAGGUCAAACACCUUUUGCUUGGACAAGAAAAGACUGUGUGGCAUUUGCAGUACACGGACUGGCCAGAUCAAGGUUGUCCGGAAGAACAAGGCUUUCUGUCCUAUUUGGAAGAGAUCCAGUCCGUGCGCCGCCACACCAACAGUGUUCUGGACAGCAGCAACAACUGCAAUCCGCCGGUCGUCGUGCACUGCAGCGCCGGCGUGGGGAGGACAGGUGUGGUUAUUUUGACGGAACUCAUGAUUGGCUGCUUGGAGCACAAUGAGAAAGUGGAUGUUCCAGUGAUGCUGCAACGUCUGAGGGAGCAGAGAAUGUUCAUGGUCCAAACCAUUGCUCAGUACAAGUUUGUCUACCAAGUCCUUAUCCUGUUCCUGCAAAACUCCAGACUCAUUUAACCUCCUCAAGAGGGACCUGUUGGUUUCUUCCUACUCCUCCCUCCCUCCCUCUCUCUCUCUCACACACACACUCUGUUGGAAAGUGCUGAAAAACACUCCUUCAACAUGUAUCUGGUUUUGUAGUAUUGGUCAGAAUUGUCCCAAUUUUGGAGAUAAGGGGACUUUGUCCUUCAUACUGAAUAUUUUAUGCAAGAUAAUUUAUUAUUAUUUUUCCUUGAAAUGAUUUGUGAAUUUUCUUAAUUCGUGAAACGCAUGACGGAUUUGUAAUAAUUGAACUGCAUUUGACAAGCCUGAUAUUCACUACAAGGGGAAACGUUCCUAUCUGACAAGUGUUCUCUUGAUAUUUGCAUUUGUUAUUUGACGUGCGAGACACUUUAACUAUUUUUAUUUGUGGUAAGAAUAUUUUGCAACCUGUUUUUCAAGGCUGUGCACAUAGAAAAGACAGCCCUACCAGGAGAGGGAAAAGUGGCUUUUGUCCAAAUCUGAAAACACAUAUAUUUCCAUAAUAAUAUUGAGAGGGAACAAGCUGGUGCCCUGUGUCUGCCUGCUUUGCAGAGAAGCAGCAGGACUUCCUGCAGACUCCGAUGUCCAGGUGUUCAGAAUUGGCCAUGAGUGAUCGUAACUCACCAGGGAUGGCUAGAAGCAACACUGCUGCGUAGGCAGAACACAGAACAGGCCUGGCCUGCAGCUUCCGAGAAGGCUCUUACCAGCCCUUUGGCAUGCAAAUGGUGCUGAAUCUUGACUCAGGAAAUGAGCCCACCUGACUUCAGAAAUGAUCUCAGUGAGUCCACGGUGUCUAGUGUAAAAUGGCUGGACUGAAGGAGUCUUUUAAGUGAAGCCCUUUUUGGGACUGGGCAUUGUACAGAGAACCAGCCAUUGCCAAGUUCCUGUGUGCUCCCAUUAAAAAGAGUGGAGCUGGCAGAUCCCACUUCUGAGAAGUUGCUUGCCUAGCGGACUGUACCCUAAGUGUUUAUUUACACGCUGUGCUCUGUUCUCAACAAUCAGUUUUUACAGUUGACAGAUACUUUUUUUAUCAGAUGCAGAUAAGCUGUAGUAUGUGGCAUCACCCCCUUGGUGCAUCCACUCCGGCAGCUCCGAGGUCACGUGGCACAUGAGAUCUUUUUAAUGGGAAAACCUGCUGACUGAGAAGAUUGUGCUCUUGCACAGAGUUAUGACUGGCCCCUCCACAUCUGAUGGUCACUGACUUCCACUGCCUCCAGCAGUACUUAGAGUUUCAGGCCACAGAGCUUUACCUGCUAGUGAUGAGGAAGAGAUACAGCUGAGGUAGAGCUGGGCCAUUUUCAAGAUAGCAAAGGUUAUAAUAAAAAGGAUAGAUCCCACUUUUUAAUCAUCCAAUGUGUGCAUAUUAGUUGGUGAGCUGGUUUUUCUGUGGCAGGGUUGCAAAAUCUCUUUUCUGGGGAACCCGGUCCAGCCUGGCUGGAGUCCCAUUCUGGUCCUCUGAGGUUCUCCAGAAGAACACGCCCCCUUUCAUUUUAGCACAGGUCAUUGGAUGGUUUCCUGGCUUUUGUGUGUUAUUCUCCAUUCAUUCCCCAAGAAUGAAUUCCCCUCUCCUAAGGCUUAGUUAUUGACAGUCAGAGCUUUAAUCUAGAAUGUUCCGGCAUUGUGGUAUUGCCAGUUUUGCUGUUUGUCGCACCCUCCACUGGAAUGCUGCUUACCCAAGAGCUUCUCCAAAUGGAAGUCUGCUGUUGGGCUGAAGGAGGAUUUGCUCCCCAUCUCUGCAAAUUGAACACAUUAUUUCUGAAGCAACAAGCACACUUUCUGCACUACUAGACAAUGUGAGCAUGUUCAGAACAGGGGUCAUCUCAGAAGUAGAACAGGAAGAGUUCAAGCCAUCCCAGAUGAUUAGGGGAAGAAAAUGAAGGUACAGUCUCUUGCUGAUGCUCCUUUAGAGAUGCUUUAGCGUUUUUAGUUAACUCCAAUUUUCAGUCCAGUGUCUCCUUGUCAAUGCCAACAUAUCUCUUGUUAAAUUAGCUGCAACCAUUUAAAGUCUUUUAGUGGCAUCUGCGUGAUAAUUGCACAGAGACGCUUUGUAUCUGGGAAGCCAGCCAAGGAAUAAACCUUGAAGCAAAGUGUAUUAAAUUAGUUAUCUCAUUAUAGCUUUUUGAAUAAUUUCCUAAUGAUGAAUUAAGUUUGAACCCAGAGCUGUCAAAUCCCAUUGCUCCAUUUGGCCUGACAGGUAGGAAAUAAGAUGGAGGAAAAUAGCCCCUCCAAGGUCUGAUGGCUAGAAGAUCUGGAUAGUAGUGGGUAUAUUCUUGGCUUUCCUGGAAGCGUGCAAACCAGAAAGAACUUACUUAAUAAGCAGGAAUAAUGGAUAGGAAAGGGGGAGGAGCUCCUCUGUGAGGAGCUGCCAAUGCUUUUUGUCACAGUGUAACACAUCUUGAGCACCAAAUGGCAAAGGAGCGCCUUCUGCGUCGAAAGAACAAUGCUCCGUAGCAAGCCAAAUAGUUAUUCAUGUAAUAAGCAGCCAUUUUUAUGCCAUUCCUAAAAUGGAUGAUGGUGUUCAAAGUGAUUUUUAAACAUCAUUGUUAAAAUGUUUGGUGUGAUUCUCACAUCAGAUUUGACCUUGAUAAGCUCAGUUAACAGCAUACUCAAAACAAGAGAUCCUUACAUAUUAUCAAGAAUUUAUCCUGGCUGUUCCUCAUGGUGGUCGUUUCAGCGUUGCAGUGGCUGCAUGUACUUGCAGAGAUGGAAGUUAAUUUAAUAUGAUUUAGUAAAGGCCACACUUCAAGAUUAUGAUUUUAAUGGGAUUCUUCUUGAACCCAGAAUUAUUUUCAAGCACCCAUUCAGGGAUGAGAAAAUGAGUUUCUGAUCAAAUUUCAUUUCUUCUGAAGUAAAUCAAAGUGUAGGACAUCCUGUAUCCAUUUACUUUGAGAUAAUCCCCCUUGGGAGCAUUCACAUGUAGUGUUUAACUGUGGCUUAGCACUUCCACUCCAACUCCAUGCACAAACAGAAAGGAUGCCAGCUUUUGAAGAUUCCUGGCUUGCUAUUACAUCCGAGCCAGGAAUUGUGAUAUAAAAGAAACGCUUCCUGAGCAACUGACUAGGCUCUCAGCGAUGAGAAUCAUGGAGCCUGUAGAUGUUGACCAUCUAGGCAGUGGUGAGGGAUGAUGGGAGUGUAGUCCAACAGUUGGGGAAGCCACACAUUCCUCAUUUUUGCUGUAGUGAAUUGGGCUGCUCUUCAGAAAGCCAAGAAGAAACCCUGGGAUGUUGUGCUAGUUUAAUAACAUCAUGUUCCUCUUGUGUUCCAGGUUUUAGCUUACUUGAGGCUUAAUAUAAACUGUUAACAGAGUUUCUGUAUACAAAGUAAUGUUUAUGUUAAAUCCAAGUCUUGAAGCCAAUGCGUAUUUUAGAAAAAUGGCACCAUUGGAAGACUGAUCUUGCCAGUGUGCCUCCAAACCUCGUAAUCUUCCUCUGUGAUUCUUUCAGAUGCCCAGAUCAGCAUUGUGGGUGGAUUCAGUUGAUUGUUAGAAGAGUCUUGUGCUUGUGCUUCUAACAAUCAUAUAAAAGACAGUUGCAGAUGGUUGGUGCCCUUUUCCAGGUGGCUUUCAUCCAACCAUGAGGUAUGCCUUAGCGCACAGUUUCACAGCCCGUGCUUUCCAAAUGUUUUGGACCACUCCCAAAAGCCCCCAGCUAGCUUGGCCAAUGGUCAAGGAUUAUGGGAGUUGUAGUCAAAAACAUCUGGAGGACACAAGGUUGUCUGUUUUUUACCUUAGUGAUAUCCAGACUAGCUUACUGUAACUCACGUAAUAUAAGGCUCCCUUUCAGGAGUUCUGAGGACCAACAGCUAAUCCAUAUCACAGGACAGUGCCUGGAACCGGCUGCACAAAGCAUAUGAUGCUGGUUUUGAAACUCUAAAAGCUUUGAAACUUUGCAGAGUUGUAACAUUUCAAUAUAUAUUUAUCUGUUCAAGAAUUAUCAUUAGUGCAAUUUUGCUGGGAAAUAUAACUGUUCUCACCCUUCUAAGCUGCAUUGCUGUACCAGGAUACUUAAACUUUAAACAUCGUAAGGAAGUCAUUUCAUUCUGAUAGCUCUCAGCUAAAUAGUUUUUAAGUGAUAUUGUAUUGGCUUUUUCUGUGUUCCACAUAAUAGCACUCAGUUACACAAUACAGUUAGAGUCAAUUUCCCAGCUAAAAUAUCCAAACCAGAAGCACAUUGAUUCUGUGGACACCCAAUUCAUGCACAGUGACAGGCAGAACCAAUUCAGUACUUCAGUAAGGUCGGAAAUCAAUACUAAUAGUUACAGCCUGCCUCCCCACCACCUCUCAUCCAGUACAUGACUGAAGAGAUCUUUAUUGAAAUACAACUUACUAUGUUGGUUGGAUAGUUUGGCAUUCUUUUCUCUCUGAAAUCAUGUUGGUGCUGCUAAGAUAGCUAAAAUACCAUUAAAUGUAUACAAUAUUUCCAUAGUAGGUAUAUCCCUGUGCCUAUGCCCUCAGAAGUAAACUCCAUUGGGUGUGAGAUUGCUGCUUCACUUGGGGAGAAAGCCCACAUUUUAGAAAAGGGCAAAGAACAACGUGUUGGUGUCCGGAAGCUCUUUGCAUGUCUACAAGUCUCUGUGUGAUCCAUAAGGCAUUACAGUUACUUACUUCGUGAGGGAUUUAAAACGUGAUUUGGAUGGAUGUUACUAAUGCUCACUUGAGCAUGAUGGGGUGCCACAAGCAUCUCAACAGGUACAGAAAAGGAAUGCUAGGUUUACUUAGGCAGAUACUGAUGACUUCCAUUUACAUAUAUGAAAUACGAAGGUAAUCAUGUCUCAAAAGUGUGCCAUAAUUAUCUUCAUUGGAAAAUUUGUUGAUCUUGUGAUCUGGCAUUCAUCAGUUCUUAUAUCGUCUUAGGUACUGGUUGUGGUGUUUUAAUUGUUGAACACCUAUUAGUGGCCAUAAUUAGUUUGGAUAGAGGUUUCCACAGUAUGGAUAAUCCAUUUAAUCUGUUGCUUCCCUGAAAGGAAGCUGAAUUUCCAUGGCCUUGUGGUCAAUUUUAGGAUUAGAGUCUAUGUAUGGCAGACUUUAAUCCAAUUAUUCCAUUCAUUUGUAUAACGAACAGUGUUGUGGUGUAACAAAAUGUUUCAAUUUGUAGGGCAGAACAUGGUCCCUGGUCAAUGCAACUGAACUGGCAAGCUGAUUUACUACCAGUUUUCCAAAAAUACAUGGCAUUUUUCUGAAUUGGGCUGAUUCGUUAUACUCUGAGGCAGUCAUCAGUAGCAGGAACAUGGGUAUAAUAACCUCAGAUUAUUUUUGUUUAGUGAAAGAAUCCUGAGAAAUUGAUUUCAGUGGAAUUGUAAGCCCUGGACUGGCAAUCCAGUCAUAAGACUUGGGCUGUGUCACUACUCGGUUUCAGAAGCUGCUUUCUGCUGUUGUUUUGUCUGUCCGCUGCCCAGGUUUAUCUAGCCCCUUUAAACCACUUUCAUAAUCUGAGUUUCAUACUGGUCAUACUAACCGUGUCACGCCUUGAAUGCCAUGAUGGGCAUUUGGUUUGGGGUUUCGUUUCAAAGUAGUGCCCAGAAUUCAAUGUGUCACUGCCAUUGUUCCUAAAAGCCUUAUGUUUGAGCGCUGUUAUAUGGUUUUUAAAAGCCAUUCUGACACUAGAAGAUUCUGCAUGACAACAGUUCUAAGUUUGCUGAGAUCACUUCAGAUGGGAACAUUCUCUCUUUGUAUAAACUCGAAUAUCUUAAUAUGGUGUGUUACCAAAAGAUGGCAAUAUGCAGAGGAUCUUAAGUUGCAUCUGUAUAAUUAUAUCUGACUUGUGUUACAGAAACUAACACGUGAAUGGUGCAAUCCUGUGCAAGUUUAGACAGAAAAAGGCUUAUAACUGCUAACAUGUCCAGCCAGUAUAGGUGGGACUUGCUGGGGGUUGUAGGCAUUUCUUCUAUCUAUACGUACAUAGUAUUGUACCUCAAGAUUGCAAUCCUGGGCACACUUACAUGGGAGCAAUAUCCAUUGAACUCAGUUUGACUUACUUUUAAGUAGAUCUGUAUAGGAUUGCACUGUAAAUAAAUUCUGCAUCACUGGAUUGUUCUCAUUCUGGUUUUACUCCAGUAUUGAGGACAGCUAUUAUUAGCAACAUUAAUUCAGUAUGACUGCCAUUUUUGUACUGUUGAAAGCCUUUACAAAAUCUAUGCAUGCUACUUUGUACGCUAAUGUAUAUUCAUAUCAGUACAUAAGCUUAUGCUUGUCGGUUGUUUUGUAUAGAACUGAUUGAUAUUUGACAGUAUUUUUGCACUUUUUCUUUUUUCCUUCUGUUUUUAUAAGUUUUCUUUGGCAUUAAUAUUUGCAGUAAUUUUUUUACACCUUACACUGCCUUUGUGUAAAUACCUUCCUUUUGCAAUGUAAGAAAGUUUUGACACAAUCUUUGUUUUGUACAAGUCUAUGCUUAGCCUUCCUUUUAUGCAAUAAAAAGGUUUUUUUCCCCCUCA